AUGCAUUUCAAUCCACCGAAGAUUGUGAGGGCGUAUAGGACUGCGUCCCUAAACUCGGUACUAGCACUUGCUGGGUUGCUUCCUCUGGACCUUCGGGUCCAAGAAGCGGCCCUCCUUUAUGAAGUAAAGAAGGGUCACUCCCAGCAAGUGCUAGGGGACCUUGAUUUGGAAUUACCGGUCCCGUACGCCCAGACGCAGCACCCGGUGCACCUGGAGGGGCUGCAGUUCGACUGCAUGGCGGACGGUGACGAAGUGGUCCAGCGAGCUGCCGUCGAUGUAAAUAUUUACACCGACGGUAGCAAAAUUGAAGGUAAGGUCGGCGCGGCGUUAUCCAUUUGGGAUGACGCCGCGGAGACUCUUUGCCGGAAAUUAAAGCUGGGAAACUUCUGCACCGUAUACCAAGCGGAACUGUUGGCCCUGUACGAGGCAACCCUGUUCGUGGUGAAGAGCAACCGACGCUCGUUUGGUCUUCAUUCCGACUCCAGGUCCGCCCUCGAAACAGUAGCAAAAGGCGAUUCCCUCCAUCCCCUUGCAGUGAAAGCGAGAGAGAAUGUACGAAAGAGCAGAGAGCAAGGGAAGGAUGUCAGAUUGUAUUGGGUGAAAGCGCAUGCCGGGGUGGAGGGAAACGAAAGGACGGACGCACUUGCAAAGCAAGCUGCGGUCGGAAUGAAGACCAAACCCAACUACGACAAGUGUCCCGUUUCAUACGUCAAGCGGCAACUCCGCUUGGAAUCGCUUGAGAUUUUUACUGGGCACGGGGGGUUCUCCUCGUACUUGUGCAGGUUCCGCUGCAAGGAGAGCCCCUCGUGCAUCUGCGAUCCGGGUAAGGAGGAGUCCGUGUUGCAUCUGCUCACUGAGUGCCCGGUAUCUGGUGCGAUGAGGGCCGGCGCUGAAAUAGAGAUGAAAAGUAAAAUUAAUUUAGAAACAAUAAGAGAAUUGGUAGAAAAUAGGAAAACAAGAGAAAAAUUCUUAGAAUACUGCAAAGCGUCGGCCCUCUUAGCUAUAAAUAGAAAUAAGACGUAG